AUGCAUCUCAUCUCAUUCAUCAUCUCAGUCUUCUGGACCACCGCCUCAUCUCGAAUCUGCCCCAGCAUCGACCUCAGAAACAACCUCGUCUCCCUCGACCUCCUGAGGGGAUGUCGUGUCGUGGAAGGCUACGUCAGGAUCGUGCUGAUGGAGAGAGCUGUCGAAACGGACUUUGAGAACCUCACUCUCCCCGAGCUCCGGGAGAUCACUGACUACCUCAUGUUCUACCGGGUCAACGGACUGCGGACGAUCGGGAGGGUGUUUCCCAACCUGGAGGUGAUCGGUGGCCAUAGGUUGUUCGAGGACUACGCCCUCGUGGUGUACGAGAUGUUCCAGCUGCAAGAGCUAGGUCUGCACUCUCUCACUAGUGUCGUGCGUGGAGCGGUCCGCAUCGAGAAGAAUCCCUGUCUUUGUUACGUGAACACCAUCAACUGGGAGCUGAUAGCGAAGUGGGACCCUAUCAAGAACUAUGUGGCCAAGAAUAAAGACCCCAGUGAUUGUCCAGGCUGCCAGGCUGAAUGUCCCCACGGGCUGUGCUGGAGCCGAAUUGAGUGCCAGAUCCAGCCAGAGUCACCCCACUGUUAUCACCUGUGUGUGGGUGGAUGUUCUGCUCCUGGACCUAGAGGCUGUCACUCCUAUAGGAGAGCUCUCAAUAGACUGAGUGUCACUAAACAAACCACUAAUAUUGUGUUGGAUCCAGUCAGAGUCACCCCACUGUUAUCACCUGUAUCCAGCCAGAGUCACCCCACUGUUAUCACCUGUGAGUGGGUGGAUGUUCUGCUCCUGGACCUAGAGGCUGUCACUCCUAUCCAGCCAGAGUCACCCCACUGUUAUCACCUGUGUGUGGGUGGAUGUUCUGCUCAUGGAUCUAGAGGCUGUCACUCCUGUAGAAGAGUUCCCAGUACACUGAGUGUCACUAACCUCACCACUAAUGUUGUGUCAGAUCCAGCCGGAGUCACCCCACUGUCAUGCCCUGUGGGUGGAUGUUCUGCUCCUGGACCUAGAGGCUGUCACUCCUAUAGGAGAGUUCUCAAUAGACUGAAUGUCACUAAACUAACCACUGAUAUUGUGUCAGAUCCAGCCGGAGUCAGACUGAGUGUCACUAAACUAACCACUGAUAUUGUGUCAGAUCCAGCCGGAGUCAGACUGAGUGUCACUAAACUAACCACUGAUAUUGUGUCAGAUCCAGCCGGAGUCAGACAGAGUGUCACUAAACUAACCACUGAUAUUGUGUCAGAUCCAGCCGAAAUCCAGCCGAAGUCAUUCCCUGUGGGUGGAUGUUCUGCUCCUGGACCUAGAGGCUGUCACUCCUGUAGGAGAGUUCCCAGUAGACUGAGUGUCACUAAACUAACCACUAAUAUUGUGUUAGAUCUAGCCAGAGUCACCCCACUGUUAUCACCUGUGUGUGGAUCUAGCCAGAGUCACCCCACUGUUAUCACCUGUGUGUGGGUAGAUGUUCUGCUCCUGGACCUAGAGGCUGUCACUCCUAUGGAGAGUUCUCAAUCUAGCCAGAGUCACCCCACUGUUAUCACCUGUGUGUGGGUAGAUGUUCUGCUCCUGGACCUAGAGGCUGUCACUCCUAUGGAGAGUUCUCAAUCUAGCCAGAGUCACCCCACUGUUAUCACCUGUGUGUGGGUAGAUGUUCUACUCCUGGACCUAGAGGCUGUCACUCCUAUGGAGAGUUCUCAAUCUAGCCAGAGUCACCCCACUGUUAUCACCUGUGUGUGGGUAGAUGUUCUGCUCCUGGACCUAGAGGCUGUCACUCCUAUGGAGAGUUCUCAAUCUAGCCAGAGUCACCCCACUGUCAUUCCCUGUGUGUGGGUAGAUGUUCUGCUCCUGGACCUAGAGGCUGUCACUCCUAUGGAGAGUUCUCAAUCUAGCCAGAGUCACCCCACUGUUAUCACCUGUGUGUGGGUAGAUGUUCUGCUCCUGGACCUAGAGGCUGUCACUCCUAUGGAGAGUUCUCAAUCUAGCCAGAGUCACCCCACUGUUAUCACCUGUGUGUGGGUAGAUGUUCUGCUCCUGGACCUAGAGGCUGUCACUCCAAUGGAGAGUUCUCAAUCUAGCCAGAGUCACCCCACUGUCAUUCCCUGUGUGUGGGUAGAUGUUCUGCUCCUGGACCUAGAGGCUGUCACUCCUAUGGAGAGUUCUCAGUCUAGCCAGAGUCACCCCACUGUCAUUCCCUGUGUGUGGGUAGAUGUUCUGCUCCUGGACCUAGAGGCUGUCACUCCUAUGGAGAGUUCUCAAUCUAGCCAGAGUCACCCCACUGUCAUUCCAUGUGUGUGGGUAGAUGUUCUGCUCCUGGACCUAGAGGCUGUCACUCCUAUGGAGAGUUCUCAAUCUAGCCAGAGUCACCCCACUGUCAUUCCCUGUGUGUGGGUAGAUGUUCUGCUCCUGGACCUAGAGGCUGUCACUCCUAUGGAGAGUUCUCAAUCUAGCCAGAGUCACCCCACUGUCAUUCCAUGUGUGUGGGUAGAUGUUCUGCUCCUGGACCUAGAGGCUGUCACUCCUAUGGAGAGUUCUCAAUCUAGCCAGAGUCGACCCACUGUCAUUCCCUGUGUGUGGGUGGAUGUUCUGCUCCUGGACCUAGAGGCUGUCACUCCUAUGGAGAGUUCUCAAUCUAGCCAGAGUCACCCCACUGUUAUCACCUGUGAGUGGGUAGAUGUUCUGCUCCUGGACCUAGAGGCUGUCACUCCUAUGGAGAGUUCUCAAUCUAGCCAGAGUCACCCCACUGUUAUCACCUGUGUGUGGGUAGAUGUUCUGCUCCUGGACCUAGAGGCUGUCACUCCUAUGGAGAGUUCUCAAUCUAGCCAGAGUCACCCCACUGUUAUCACCUGUGUGUGGGUGGAUGUUCUGCUCCUGGACCUAGAGGCUGUCACUCCUAUGGAGAGUUCUCAAUCUAGCCAGAGUCACCCCACUGUUAUCACCUGUGAGUGGGUAGAUGUUCUGCUCCUGGACCUAGAGGCUGUCACUCCUAUGGAGAGAUCCCAAUCCAGCCAGAGUCACCCCACUGUUAUCACCUGUGUGUGGGUAGAUGUUCUGCUCCUGGACCUAGAGGCUGUCACUCCUAUGGAGAGUUCCCAAUCCAGCCAGAGUCACCCCACUGUUAUCACCUGUGUGUGGGUAGAUGUUCUGCUCCUGGACCUAGAGGCUGUCACUCCUAUGGAGAGUUCCCAAUCUAGCCAGAGUCACCCCACUGUUAUCACCUGUGUGUGGGUAGAUGUUCUGCUCCUGGACCUAGAGGCUGUCACUCCUAUGGAGAGUUCUCAGUCUAGCCAGAGUCACCCCACUGUCAUUCCCUGUGUGUGGGUAGAUGGUCUGCUCCUGGACCUAGAGGCUGUCACUCCUAUGGAGAGUUCUCAAUCUAGCCAGAGUCACCCCACUGUCAUUCCAUGUGUGUGGGUAGAUGUUCUGCUCCUGGACCUAGAGGCUGUCACUCCUAUGGAGAGUUCUCAAUCUAGCCAGAGUCACCCCACUGUCAUUCCCUGUGUGUGGGUAGAUGUUCUGCUCCUGGACCUAGAGGCUGUCACUCCUAUGGAGAGUUCUCAAUCUAGCCAGAGUCGACCCACUGUCAUUCCCUGUGUGUGGGUGGAUGUUCUGCUCCUGGACCUAGAGGCUGUCACUCCUAUGGAGAGUUCUCAAUCUAGCCAGAGUCACCCCACUGUUAUCACCUGUGAGUGGGUAGAUGUUCUGCUCCUGGACCUAGAGGCUGUCACUCCUAUGGAGAGUUCUCAAUCUAGCCAGAGUCACCCCACUGUUAUCACCUGUGUGUGGGUAGAUGUUCUGCUCCUGGACCUAGAGGCUGUCACUCCUAUGGAGAGUUCUCAAUCUAGCCAGAGUCACCCCACUGUUAUCACCUGUGUGUGGGUGGAUGUUCUGCUCCUGGACCUAGAGGCUGUCACUCCUAUGGAGAGUUCUCAAUCUAGCCAGAGUCACCCCACUGUUAUCACCUGUGAGUGGGUAGAUGUUCUGCUCCUGGACCUAGAGGCUGUCACUCCUAUGGAGAGAUCCCAAUCCAGCCAGAGUCACCCCACUGUUAUCACCUGUGUGUGGGUAGAUGUUCUGCUCCUGGACCUAGAGGCUGUCACUCCUAUGGAGAGUUCCCAAUCUAGCCAGAGUCACCCCACUGUUAUCACCUGUGUGUGGGUAGAUGUUCUGCUCCUGGACCUAGAGGCUGUCACUCCUAUGGAGAGUUCCCAAUCCAGCCAGAGUCACCCCACUGUUAUCACCUGUGUGUGGGUAGAUGUUCUGCUCCUGGACCUAGAGGCUGUCACUCCUAUGGAGAGUUCCCAAUCUAGCCAGAGUCACCCCACUGUUAUCACCUGUGUGUGGGUGGAUGUUCUGCUCCUGGACCUAGAGGCUAUCCAGCCAGAGUUACCCCACUGUUAUCACCUGUGUGUGGGUGGAUGUUCUGCUCCUGGACCUAGAGGCUGUCACUCCUGUAGGAGAGUUCUCACUCAUGAUGGGGAAUGUGUAGAGAACUGUCCUCAUGGAACGUAUCAGUACCUAAACCGGAGAUGCAUCAAGGCAAUGGAAUGCACUUCUAUAGACUUGCCCAAAGGACCACCAGGGACUGACACACUGAGAAAGUCUUCUUCCCAAGUCACCAAGUAUUUUGUGUUCAACGGCACCUGCACAGACAACUGUCCACCUGGCUAUGAGUUUGAUGCUGCUGGCACUACCUGUGUGCCGUGCAACGGGGGCAAGUGUCACAAGUGGUGCCACGGAUUGUCCAUCGAGAACAUCGGAGACGCCGAGAUGCUACGAGGCUGCACUCACAUCCAGGGAUCUCUGGAGAUCAGCAUCAGAACUGGCAAACCCAAGAGAGUGUUUGAAGAGUUAGAAGAGAACCUGGGAUCCAUCGAAGAGAUAGAAAACUACUUAAAAGUUGUAAGAUCUUUCCCAAUCAUUAAUCUCAAAUUCUUGAAAAACUUGACUGUGAUUCAUGGUAGAUCCAGUGAUGCCGGUUUUGGUGACAACUAUUCACUUUUGGUACUCGAAAAUCACAACCUCCAAGAACUUUGGGAUUGGGACACUAAACGUACUUUUAACAUUUCCAAAGGAAAAGUAUUUUUCCACUAUAACCCCAAACUAUGUUUGCAGCAUAUACAUAAGCUGCUUUCAGUUAUACAUCAUGACGAAAACGUCACUAAUUUAGAGGUAGGGAAAGAUUCAAAUGGUGAUAAAUUUCCAUGUAAUGCUACUGAAAUUAAUCUCAAGGUUGUUGAUCGGUCCCAUAGUUCAAUACAGAUACGGGUUCCCUACCUUCAAAUCAAUUAUGAUACAACUAUUUUGCGCUAUGUAGUGUACUACACCAAAGCGCCAUUCAAAAAUAUGACAAUGUUCGAUGAUCUAGACCAAUGUUCUGAUUACGGUUGGAAAACUAAAGAUAUUGCUGUGGAUCCGUAUGACAAGAGUUUUGAAGAAAACGGAUUCAUUGUUGAACUGAACGACCUUGAGCCGUACACUCAAUAUGCAUUCUAUGUCACAACAUAUACAAUUGAUCGUUUCGGGGCCAAAAGUUCUAUUUGUUAUGAAACAACUCUUCCAUCAACACCUUCAGAAAUCGCUCGACUAGAAGCAUUCUCCAAAAAAAGCUCUGAAAUCUUUUUGCAAUGGGAGCCUCCAAAAUAUAUUAAUGGUAAGUUUGAGAAAUAUGUAAUAACAUUAUCGCCCAUGAACUACGAUGAAACACCCAUUCGACUCCGUAAUUAUUGUGAUAACCCAUUGGAUCACAGGAAUGAGGUAGAAUCAUACAUACCACGUUUACUUGAAGCUGAAAACAAGCAAAACAAUAGCUGUUGUUCUACAAAAACUAAAAAACUGAUUUACACACAAAAAGAAGGCCUUGAAAAACAUUGCUCAAACCAUGAUUACUGCAAAUUACCAAAGACAUAUUUUGAUAAAGACCCAUUAGCAUUUCAAGAAUCUUUUGAAUCUUGUUUUUAUUCUUACAUAUAUGAGGAUCCUUUUGUAUAUGUUUCUAGUGAAACGAAUAUGACCUCUCUGAAGAGACAAGAAAGAAACCUUUCUGCCGAUAACAAUUUAUCUCUUAAUGAUGGUAUCUACAAUGUGUAUACAGCUGAUGUCAAGGCAACUUCCUCUAACUUUACAAUAACCAAUCUUUUACAUUUUCAAGAUUAUCUCAUUAAGAUAAAAGCUUGCAGGUAUUCACAAUAUCCCAACGAGCCAGAUAGUCUACGAUGUAGCAAGACUGAUAUAGUUACUGUAAGAACCAAAAAGGAUGAAGAAGCAGACAGGAUUACCGGUCAUUUGACUCAUGAAGUUGUAAAUGGAACUGUAUUUGUAUCUUGGAUAACCCCUCCUCAUCCAAACGGGCUGAUUGUAGCUUUUGAAGUUGAACAUAGACAUACAGUACUGGAUAACAUGAAUCCAAUUGUAUCAUGUAUCACCCUUUCUGAGUAUGAGAAUUACAGGAGACGAUAUUCCAUCGUAGGUUUAGCUGAAGGCACUUACAAAGUUAGGGUUCGAGCAAUUUCUUUAGCUGGCAAAGGACCCUAUUCAAAAUAUAUACGUGUAGAGAUUUCAAGCAGACUUUUUUCAGCUAUAAAAAUGGUCAUUGGAUUUUUUGUUUUCUGUAUCAUAAUGAUUCUGGUAUCCAUCGCUCUAAUGUCAUAUAUGAGGAAAAAAACAAUGCUUGAUGACAUACUGGUAGCUUCUGUUAACCCGGAUUACCAAUACAUUCAAGAUGAGUGGGAAGUAUCAAGAGACAAUAUAGAAAUUGUGGACGAGUUAGGAGUCGGAGCAUUUGGUAAGGUUUACAAAGGUAUACUCAAACCCAGUAAUUUACCUUGCGCAGUAAAGACUGUAAAUGAUGACGCUUCAUCGUAUGAAACAUUCCUUUUUCUAAGCGAAGCUUCUGUAAUGAAGUCAGUAUCCAAAGCUUAUCACAUUGUCCAUUUAUUGGGAGUCGUCUCAAUCGGUCAUCCACCCCUAGUUAUAAUGGAACUGAUGAGUUUGGGUGAUCUGAAAACGUAUCUGAGAUCAACACGAGAUACCAAUCCUCCCACUAACGCUGUAAUGAUUAACAUGGCGCUUCAAAUAGCCGAUGGAAUGGCUUACAUGGAGGCUAAGAAGUUUGUCCACCGAGAUUUAGCAGCCAGAAACUGUAUGGUAAACCAAGAUUGUGUAGUCAAAGUGGGAGAUUUUGGAAUGACGCGAGAUAUUUAUGAAACCGACUACUACAGAAAGAUCAAUAUGGGUCUGCUUCCGAUACGUUGGAUGCCUCCUGAGAGUCUGCAAGAUGGGAUAUUCACCAGCCAAUCAGAUGUAUGGAGCUACGGCGUAGUUCUGUGGGAGAUAGUGACACUGGCUGAGCAACCUUAUCAAGGGUCCAGCAAUGAUCAAGUACUGAAUGAAGUGAUUGCAGGUCGUAAGCUGGACACACCGAGAAGAUGUCCAGAGACUUUGAGAAACAUCAUGUUGUGUUGUUGGAAAAGAAAACCAUCUCAGCGAAUGACCUUUAUGCAGAUCGUUACUUCUUUGGAGUACUACCACGAUCAGGAAUUUAAGAACGUCUCCUUCUACCACACCCAAGAGGCUCAAGAGCUGAGGAAGAGUUCGACAGAUUACGAAGAGAUGCAAUCUGUUGAUGAUCCGUUGCUAGGAAUUAGAGAAGAUUACUAUAGUAAUAUCCAGAGUUUUGCAAUGCUUCUUACCAAAGUUAAGUCUUACAGUCGAAAUGACGAGGAGUCAGGACCGUCCAGCGACGUCUAAAUAGAUGUUUCAAUGUUUUUGUAAUCACAAUGUUUCUUAAAAUGUUAAGACUGAUAGUGUACUGCCACUUAUAUCGACUGAGUGUUGAAUGUUUAACAACUUUACUUUUGUUUCAAUUCAAAACUAGUUUUUCAAGUAUAGUUAGACAUAUUGCUAGUUGUGUAUGCCAAAUAAGACUUAUUACUUAUAAGGAACUAAGUAUAGAUGGAAAUGUUCUGAACUUUUGAUAGGUACCAUAGGGGCCAAUUUUACGACACAUCUAAGUCAAAUCUGUUAUGUGAAGAAUUACUUUUGAUUUAUCAAUCUAUUACUUUUACCUCAAAGGCUAUCCGCCUUUCAGUUUUUAUAGGCAUAAGUUUUGUAGGAUAAUAAUGAAUUGUUGCCGUUUGAAUAUUGUGUGCCUUACAUGUAUUUGUGCUUAAGUGUUAGUGUGUUUAUAUGUUAACCGUUUUAUUAUUGACUCAACUUUUGCAAAGUAUCACAAUUUUAUUUAGUGAACGUAGUUUCUUUGAGAAUUAUUUAAGGAUUAUUAUGAUAGUUGUUCUUAAGAGUUUACUGUUUUCUGUGGUUUAUUAUCAUAUCAAUCCAGAUUUUAAGUUUGAUGGUCUGAAAUUCUUUUCAGGGCUAUAUUUAUUUGAUGGUUCUAUUAUUAAGAACUAGGUUUUUCUUAUUUUGUUUGUUUGUUAUGUUUUACUUACAAAUGGUUACUUAGUAUUUUUGAUUUUUGCUGGUAAAUUUCAGUAAUCAAGAACUGUCAACAAAACAUCAGAAUAUUUUACUCUUGAUUUUUUAUGAUUUUAAUUUUUUUCAUAUUCCGCUAUUCAUGUACUAUGUUUUUUACAUAGAAAACCGUUUUUAAGACUAUUGACCUUCUUUAAUAAUUCAUGUAGUAAAAUGAUGAUCAUGAUUUGUUGUACACUUGGUAUUUUAAGCUCGGUUUGUAUACUAAUUGUGAGCUAAUGGUGCUGUUUGCAUUUCACUGUAUGUUACCUACUAAUGUAGUCAUGCAUUCCUAUGAAGGUGUUAUAUUUGUGCCAAAGGCGUUAAGUGUUUUU